UACGAUCGUCCUCCUCUGAUCUCAACAAUUCAAUAUAUCGUGACUAGUUCAUCCCUCCUAAAUCUUAUCCUUGAAGCUUUUUGUCCAGCCUGCGUGUGACAUAUACUGUUAGGCAAAGUCACCUAAGUACUCAAGUAUUGUUUUCAAACAAAGCAGAAAUAGAAAGUGCAAGAAAAAAGGAAUUAAUUUUUCUUGUAUCGAAACUUUCGCUUUGACGAUUGCGUGACAAAAAUUUGUUUACCCACUGACGAAUUCAUGAGACAGAUGACACAUAUUUCCGUCAUCAAAACACGCAAGCUGAAGGCGAAUAUUCAGUGUCACUGCUUUCUUUAAGGAGACCGAAGUCGUCUCAUCUCAAAAUGUGCAGCAAAGGGUGCAAAAAAGAGUUCCACCCACGAAAUUUCAAACUGUGGCAUUGCUGUGUGGAGCAUCUAACUGAGUCCCCCUGGCUUCCCCUACCAGUGUUUGUGGGCUUCCGUGUAGUUAUUUCCAUUCUCUGUUGCGUCAUAUGGCUCUAUAAUGUCAUUUCAAAGGGAAAGUUCUUCAUCUUCUAUACCAACUGGAGUUUUACGGUUGCCACCAUCUAUUUCAUAGUGUCUUCCGUUGUGUCGAUGAUGCAGUAUCUAGCCAAGCGCAAAUACCCAGAAAAACCUGGUGCAAGCAAAGCUGUUGAUGUAGAAAUGCAGCCAGUUAACGCAAGCCCCAACCUUCCCAGGCCAGACAAUGAACACCAAGAUGCCAUCGGAGCCCACCACAUGAUCACAUGGCUACUGUACAACAUAGCUGCCAACAUGACUCUAUUCCUAACUAUUGGGUACUGGACAAUGAUAAAUGAUCCAGACAAAAAUCCUAAUACUUUUGUGGGAGUUUUUAAGCAUCUUUUUGUGGCUAUCUUUUGUGUCAUUGACACUUUUAUGAGUAGAAUCCCAGUUAGAAUUUAUCAUUUUGUGUACACGCUCAUAGCAACAGCUGUUUACCUAAUUUUUACAAUCAUUUAUUGGAGCGUUGGGGGUACAGAUCUCCAUGGAAACCCAUACAUCUAUACGGUACUUGACUACGAUUCCAUGACAACAGCAGAGGGUUUUAUAGUUGUGUUCUUCUUCUUUAUUGUCAUCCCUGUUGUACAGCUCUUUUACUUUGGGCUGGCCAAAUUUCGAGAUUGGUUGAUUGCUAAGCAUGAAGAAAAGCAAAUCACUAAAAUAUGGUCCCAGAAAGAUGAGGAGGAAUUUUAAAACGAUCAGAACCUUUGCGAUGGGUUGGGCAAAAAAAAAUGUAAAUAAUAAUUGGUGUGCCCCUUCUAUUUAAAGUGCAGGACUGAAAUCAAUGUGCUUCCUAGGCAUCCUGCUCCACAGGCAUAGUUUUUAAGCUUAGCUGCAUGAAAAUGAACUCAGAUAUUAGCAUAAAAGGGAAUUCUGAUGUAUUAGAAAAGGAAAACAAAUAGCAGAAGACAUAGGAAAAUUUAGUGUCUGUCCCUGAAGCAAAUAGUAAAUAUCUGAGGCUUGCCCCUGAAUAAAGUUUCUAGCUACGGCCUAAUUUAGAAUAAGGAGUCAUCUAUAUGAUUCAAAUGAACCCUGUAUCAAAAAGAAAUAAGCAUUUAUAAUGUAAGAAUAAAGUUUAAAGCCGCAUUGUCA